UACCUGGCCAUCACCUCGCCUUUCCGCUACCAGAGCCUCAUGACCAAGGGUCGGGCCAAGGGCAUCAUCUGCACCGUCUGGGCCAUCUCCGCCCUGGUCUCCUUCUUGCCCAUCAUGAUGCAUUGGUGGCGGGACGAGGACCCCCAGGCGCUGGAGUGCUACCAGGACCCGGGCUGCUGCGACUUUGUCACCAACAGGGCUUAUGCCAUCGCCUCGUCCAUCAUUUCUUUCUACAUCCCCCUUCUCAUCAUGAUCUUUGUGUACCUCCGGGUGUACAGAGAGGCCAAGGAGCAGAUUAGGAAGAUCGAUAGGUGCGAGGGCCGGUUCUACGGCAGCCACGAGCAGCCACAGCCGGCCCCGCCCCCUCACCCUCACCACCAGGCCAUCCCCAGCAAGCGGAAACCCUCCCGCAUCAUGGCCAUGAAGGAGCAGAAAGCCCUCAAGACUUUGGGCAUCAUCAUGGGGGUGUUCACUCUCUGCUGGCUCCCUUUCUUCCUGGUGAACAUCGUCAACGUCUUCAACAGGGACCUGGUGCCGGACUGGCUCUUCGUUUUCUUCAACUGGCUGGGCUACGCCAACUCCGCUUUCAACCCUAUCAUCUACUGCCGCAGCCCCGACUUUCGUAAG